GAUUGGGUAGCACACUCAGAAGGGAAGACCAAAAUCAGCAGAGUACAAAAAUCCUGCCCAAUUUUCUUGCUGCUGCUGAGAAUCAGAAGUAGACUCAAGCCAAGAGCGCACCUGAGGGUUAUUCCUCUCUGGAACAGUGAGUGCAUCCACUGGACACAGGAUUUUCUGUGCAGCAGAUUUACUGUAAACUCCAGUGGAAGCUACACUGAAGGAAAAGAUGACACACAGUUUAAAGUUUCUGCUAUAACCUGCUGGGGAGCAAUUCUAGGAUUUUGCCUUUAUUGCUUGAAGUCAUGGGUCAGCUGUUCUCUUCACCUAAGAGUGAUGAUGAUGAUUUGCCCUCCAGCUUUACUAGAUAUUUUAAGAAAUUUAAUACGGGAAGAAAAAUCAUUUCUCAAGAGACCCUCAAUUUGAUUGAAUUAAGGAUGAAAAAGGGGAACAUUCAAGGGACAAACUCUGCAAUCAGUGAUGCAUUAAAAGAAAUUGAUAGUAGUUUGCUCAAUGUUGCUGUCACUGGGGAGACGGGAUCAGGAAAGUCCAGCUUCAUCAAUAGCCUGAGAGGCAUUAGGAAUGAAGAGAAUGGUGCAGCUGAAACUGGGGUGGUGGAGACAACCAUGAAAAUACGUUCAUACAAACAUCCCAAUAUGCCCAAUGUGGUUUUUUGGGACCUGCCUGGGAUUGGAAGCACAAAUUUCCCACCAAACACUUACCUUGAGAAAAUGAAGUUCUAUGAGUACGAUUUCUUCAUUAUUAUAUCGGCCACACGCUUCAAGAAAAAUGAUAUAGACCUCGCCAAAGCAAUUAGCAUGAUGAAGAAGGAAUUCUACUUCCUGAGAACCAAGGUGGACUCUGACAUAUCAAACGAAGCAGACGGCAAACCUCAAACCUUUGACAGAGAAAAGGUCCUGCAGGACAUCCGCCAAAACUGUGUGAACACCUUUAGGGAGAACGGCAUUGCUGAGCCACCGAUCUUCCUGGUCUCUAACAAAAAUGUUUGUCACUUUGACUUCCCUGUCCUGAUGGACAAGCUGAUAAGUGACCUCCCUGUCUACAAGAGACACAAUUUUAUGCUCUCCUUACCCAAUAUUACAGAAUCAGUCAUUGAAAAGAAGCGGCAAUCUCUGAAACAGAGGAUUUGGCUGGAAGGCUUUGCUGCUGACCUAGUAAAUAUCAUCCCUACACUGACCUUUCUCUUGGACAGUGAUUUGGAGACUCUGGAGAAAAGCAUGAAAUUGUACCGCACUGUGUUUGGAGUGGAUGAAGCAUCUUUGCAGAGAUUAGCAAGAGACUGGAAAAUAGGGGUGGAUCAGGUGGAGGCCAUGAUAAAAUCUCCUGCCGUGUUCAAACCUACAGAUGAAGAAACAAUACAAGAAAGGCUUUCAAGAUAUAUUCAGGAGUUCUGUUUGGCUAACGGUUACUUAGUUACUAAAAAUCAUUUUCUUAAAGAAAUAUUUUACCUGAAAUAUCAUUUCCUUGACAUGGUGACUGAGGAUGCUAAAACUCUUCUGAAAGAGAUAUGUUUAAGAAAUAAGUUGCCUUCUAAUUAAGCUGAAGUCCUGUGACUGUCAAAAAAUUAGAAUCAAUUAAAGAAAAACAGGACACUGACUGUAAAACAAUAUAUUGGAAUGUCCAGCUUAUUCAGACUUUAUCCACAUUUAGUGAUUAUGUAUCAACAUUAGCUACAGCAAGGGGAUCAGAUAUGUAUAAAUAAACUGAUAGCUAAAAACUAUCCCCUCACUUUGAGUAAACUCUCAGAUCAAGUAAUUUUACUUAUAUUUAAAUUUGUUCAAUAUAAAUCAACAUCCAUGUUCAGGGUUAGCAUUGAGGUGUUUAGUGUUGUCAACUGGACAAACUCUAGAGACUCAUGAAAGAUGAGCCUGGGGGCUUGCAUUUGGGAAAUUAUUUUGCUUAUAUUAAUUGAGGUAGGAAACCCUUUCCACUGUGGGUGGCACCAUUCCCUAGCUGGCAAUCGUCAACUGUGUAUAUGGAGAGAGGUGCUAAGUAGCAGCUUAUUUACAUUCUUUCAUAAAUAUCCAGGGGUUUUUGUUGCUGUUUUUGGUGGAGUUGUUGUUUUUAAACUGUAGAUGGAAUGAAACUAUCUGCCUCAAGAUUCUUGAUAAUGACCUGUAUAAUUUUAAACUUGAUACUGUAGAUUUUCUUGAAAGAGAAUUAUUAAAGAAGAAACCAUAACUGGGCUAGAGCGAUGACUCAGUAGAUAAAGUAGACCUUGCAAGUCUGAAGACCUGAGUUCAGAUUCCCAGAACCCACAUAAAGCCAGCUAAGCAUCUGCAAUCCAUGCACGUCUAUGGUGAGAUGGGAGGCAGAAUGAGAAAAAUUUUGGAAGAUCAUGGGGCCAGCUAUCCUGCCACAUACAGCAGUAAAUAAGAGGCCCUGACUCAAGCAAGUGGAAGGUAAAAGCCAACACGCAAGCUCACCCUUUGAUCUCUGCAUACAUGCCAUGUCAUGUUCAUGCCUGAUAUCACAUAUGGAAAUACACAUGCAAAAAUGUUUUUUCAUUUAAAAAAAAAAGAAGGGAGGUUUGGGGCAAUAACUCAUUGGUUUAAUACCUGCCUUACACUCAUGAGGCCUCAAGUUCAUUCCCUAGAACUCCAGAAAAUGGCAAAAAGGGGAUGGGCAUGUACAGGGAUGUCUUCGAGGUAAAGAGAGAUGGCCCAUUGGUAAAGAAUACUGGCUAAGCUUGCAAAGGACCAGGAUUUAACUGCCAGAACCCACAGAGUAGCUCACAGUUACCUGCAAAUUCUGUCUCAGGGGAUAUGAUCUCAUCUCCUCACCUCCACAGGGACCAGGAACACAUUUAUGUGGUACACUGACAUACAUGUAAGGCAAACAUUCAUACAAUAAAAGUAAAUUAAGAAACAUUUUAAAUAUGUAAUUAAAUUAAAAAGGGAAAGAUAAAUCACAGUAGCUUCAAUAAGGACUAAGAAUUUUACAAAAAUCCUAUCUAGUCAGAAUCCUUGAGAAAAUACUAAAGAAGCUUUAUAAUUCUAUGCCAGAACUAGGGGACAUGAUGAAAUUUCUCUGCUUUAUAGUGAUUGGUGUUUUGAAUGCUGUGACAGUAAAGGGCUGCUCUAUUCCAUAUGAAUAAUAAAAGUCAUUUAAUAAAUUAUUUCUGAAAAAAA